AUGAGCAGCCCCCGACGCCGCCCCCGCCCCCGCUCGCCGGCGGUGAAGACGCCGCUGGAAGACGACGACCUCCUCUCCGAGAUCCUCCUCCGCCUCCCGCCGCGGCCCUCCUCCCUCCCCCGCGCAUCCCUCGUCUGCAAGCGCUGGCACGGCCUCGCCUCCGACCCCGGCUUCUUCCGCCGCUUCCGCCGCCACCACCGCCGCAGCCCUCCGCUCCUCGGGCUCUUCGACAAGCACGACGUCCCCACCUUCGUGCCUACCCUAGAGGCCCCGGACCGCGUCCCGCCCGGGCGCUUCUCCUUGCAGCGCCGCGACGGCGACCGCUUCAUGUCCCUGGGAUGCCGCCAUGGCCUCGUGCUCAUCGUCAACUUCACGCCCGACCAGAUACUGGUGUGGGAUCCUAUCACCAGCGGCCAGCACCGACUCACCAUUCCACCGGGGAUCGCGGCACAUGCCGAGAGGACGAUAAUCAACGGGGCCGUGCUUCGCGCCGGCGCCCACUUCCAGGUGGUCUUGACGGUGGCAGACAACCAGGACAAGCAACGCAGACGAGCUCUCGCCUGCGUCUACUCGUCAGAGACCGGCUUCUGGGGCGAUCUCAUCUCAACACCGCUUCCCUUGGGGGUUCCCAGGAGUGAUCAUCCCAUCUUUCAAGACUUUGCUAAAGUAUCCACCUUGGUUUUUACUGGCAUGCCCGCUGUGCUUGCUGGGAACUCCCUUUACUGGGUGCUUGCUGGGAACUUUCAAGGAAUUCUCGAGUUUGAUUUGGAGAAGCAAAGCCUAGCUGUGAUACGGGUGCCCCUGCAUAUGCUUGAGAAUGGCCACUUCUGGAAUAUGAGGGCAGAGGGUGGUAGCCUUGGUUUACUCUUUUGGACGGACACCAGCAUUCAGUUGUGGAAGAUGAAGACUGAUUGUGCUGGUGUUGCUUCAUGGGCACUCGCGACAACUAUUGAACUGGACAAGCUGCUUUCCCUAGAGUCACAACGAGUAUCAGUAAUAAUACUAGGCUAUGCUGAGGAAAAUAAUGUGUUGUUCCUGUGGACAUGUGGCAUCCUCUAUAUGGUCCAUCUUGAGUCGUUGCAGUUCAAGAAACUAUGCGAAACCAGAUGCCUUUCUCAGUAUCAUCCAUUUGAAAGUGUCUACACUUCAGGAACAAGCAUUGGUGAUGAACAUGAUGCAGCUGAUCUUUUGCAGCAAACAUAGUAGGUUGAUUGUCCAGUUAAUUAUGCUAUUGUGAUGAAUUGUUGAGCAGAUAUCACAUCCUGGUGGCACAAGAUGAAGAAUGUGUUAUGUGCUUUCGGUUCUUCCCUUUUGCACGCUGAAAUUGGCCCGCUGUACUGGUCAACCGUGAGUAGAGGCUUGUAGGAAAUUAUUCGCUUCAGUUUGCCAACUUACCGUCUUUUAUCUAAUAUCUGUACACAAUUAGUCAACUUCCAUGGAUGACACAGUGAAUUGCUAUCAGUGUCUGCCCUGUCAGUUAAUCUGUUGGGUUAAUCUGGUCCGUGCCUUCCAAGCAGCCAAGAAGCAAUGUUGACUGUUGAGGCAGGUCACCUCUGUGGGUUGUGUAACUGUGUGCACGCCUUAUUUCAGUAUUGUGUCGCUGUUGAAUUUGUCACCAGAA